CUUCAUGUAAUAGAUGAGAAUUCUAGCUUGAUAGUAUCUCUUAGGAAACAAAAUCUGCUGGUAUUAUACUAUAUAUGAAUGGUACAUAUAUAGAAUAUAAUCUGUGUAUAUGUGCGGUUACCGCAUAAAAUUUAUCAAUAUAAUAUUUAUUUAAAGUAACUAAUAAUAAAUUUGUGAACUUAUUUGAAAGUAGAAAUUAUUUUGCCUAAAAUGGCAUUAAAUGUUAUGAAACAGGUUGCUACACAUUAUCAUCGUUCGCUAGUGAAUAAAGCUGUGAGAUUUUAUAGUAUAUACACACCUCCUUAUCUAUCGAUAAAGACUACUGGACCACAACUUUAUCCUAUAUUACAUAUACAAAUUAAGGGAUACACAUAUCCUUUGUUGGAAAGUUUCCAGUCUUUCAUUGCUAAAGUUGCAAAUAAUUUGGAUAUUGACGUUGAUGAGAGUUUUGCUAUGCCACAUCAAGAACAUAAGAAGUUGAAGAUACAGUGGAGUCAGUUUCACCAGUCUUCAAAUUAUUAAAGGAAGUAUCGUAUGAAUUUGGAAUAUUUGUACCAAGUGUACUAAAAGAUGUUGACAUGAUAUUGCUGUCAAUGUUAUCUAAUGAAGAUCUUAAUAAACUAGAUGGAACAUCUAACGCAACUGUUUCAUAUAUUGGAUUAUUAAAAGGAGUUGACAUGAAGCUAUUUUCUUGCGUUAAUUUAGUCGAUACUGCGUUAUUAGAUACAGUAUCAAGAGAAUACUGUAUUUCAUCGAGUAUAGAUUUAUUUUGUGCAGUAUCUAUUGAAUUAUCAGCGAGUCGAUUAGGUACAACAAUUUUUCGUUCAUUGACAGACAAACUUCCAAAUGAAGUUGUCAUUAAAUCAUCAGAAAUAUUACUGAACGAUUUUAUACUAUUCGUAGAAGUUAUUGCAGAUGUCUGUGUUGGAUGUGUUGCAUGUGUUUUAUAUAGAGGUUUGUUAAACGAUGUCGUUGCAAAGAAGGUAUUUAAAAGUGAAAGGUGAGAUGAGUGAUUAUAAGAAGAUGUAGCAUUAGGCAUAUUGAAAGAUGUUGAUACUAAAUUACAGUCAGUAUUUUCAGUAGAUGAAACAUCAGAGAACGAUGCAGGUAAUAAGUUUUUGUUAAGAUUAUGUGGAUCAAGAAUUGGUAAAGGUGGAAUCUGACUUUUGGAUUCUUUCUUGUAACUAUAACUUUUAGAAUGCUUUACAUCAGUCUGAUUUUCUUUAGAGGAAUUUUCACUCUCAUCACUGUAAGAUUUUUCUUCUUUAUCACUCAUUGAAUCAGAACACAGUGAACACGAUGCUCUAGAGCAUGUGGAAUCUGAAAAUUUUCUGUUAUAAUUCUUAUUGGGAAAAGGAAUAUUCUAUAAAAUAUUUAAUGAAUUCUUACGAGAGCUAUUGCAACUAUUUGAUCUACUUAGUAUACGUUCAGCAUUUUCUUUUGCCGCAGUAGCCAUUGCCAUAUCGUUUACAACUAAUGCAUAAAAGUGUAUAUCCAUAAAAAGAUCAUGAUCAUUCAGAUCUAUGGCAAGCCUAAAGGCUUUUUCAAACAUUUGGUAUCUGUAUUGAGAAUAAUUAAUAUUAUUUAAAAAAUAAAUUUGUUUUAAAUAUAAGAAUUUACAUAAUACCGUAAUAAAUGAUAAAAAAAUCUUCUUGUCAGAUCUCUUAUUUCAUCUCCAUAUUCUUCUUCAAUAGCUUGACUAAUUGGUUUAACUGGUACAUGGAAACUACCCAAAGCAUUUUGUAUGAGAUCUGAAAUAUUUUAAUUAUGUAAUAUUUAUGGUAGUAUACGUUAAAUUAGGCUUUAAACUAUAUCUUACUUUCACGUUCUGAUGUUAAUGGUAGUUUAAAUAAAUGAUUCAAAAUUUGAUUCAGAGUAUGCAUACAUGCACGAGGAUGAGUAUCCCAAUUCAUAGAUAGCAAUAAAGAAGUUGCUUGUUCAACUUGAUAUAAAGAUAAAUAUCUUUUAGCUAACACAUCACCGGACAGAGAAUCUCCUUCCAAUAAUUUUAUUACACCUAUAGGGCCUCUAUUAAUAUAUUAGAUUCAUAUUACUAAUUUUUUAAUAUACUGUUUACUUAGUAAAAAAGUAUUAGUAACAUACCGUUGGAAAAUUAAUAGUAGAAGAGAAUUUCCAUGAGUAUGCCAAUCAAUAUAACAAUUUAUGUCAUUCCUUUUAUUCCAUUCCAUGCGCAGUAACGCUGGUUGUGUUCUGUAUUAUUCAAAAAUUUUGUAUUUUAAGCAUGCAUAAUCAUAUUAAUGAUAAUUGUUAUCUUAUGAAAUAUGUGAAUUUAAAAUAUACCUAAAAUAUGAUGACAAAUCUAAAAUAUUGGCUGGUGUUACAUCUUCGCUUAGCGUCUGACUUUUAACACAUGACAAAGAAAUAUCAAAAUGCUGGAAUUGACCCUUAUCGUUCCCAAUAAUAAAUAUUAUUCCAUUACUAUGCCAUGAUGCUAAUGUUGGUAUCUUAAAAAGUUAUAUGAUAUUUAUGAACUAUUUAAUAUAUUUUUAAAUGACGUUUAUGCAUUAAAAAGAACUUGUAUAUUUGUAUAUGUAACUUACAAAGCCAGCUUUUACACUGGUAGUAGUGGCUCUGUUUUGAUCAUAAAUUAUUACAGAACCAUCUAUGCAACAUAGUAGUAAUAAUUCCUGAUUAGGAGAAAAUUUUAUACAACUUGUGUGUGUAGGUAAAGGCACAGAGGUUACCGCUAUUCUUUGCAGUUUAUCUUGUUGGGAAACUUCAUAUGUUCUCCACUCGAUAGUCACCUCACCCUAUAUCAUACUUACAUGUAAAACUUUCUGUUACAAAAUUAAUGCUACAAGAAUAGUGAUGAUACUAAAUGUUGCAGAAAGUUUACCUUUCUCGAUACUUUUUGUUCUACCGAAUGGAUAACAUUGUCAUGACAUGCGUCAAAUAUUAUACAUAAGGGAUCAAACUCACUACGUAUAUAACAAAUUAAUUCUAAUUUUAAUCUGAAAAUAAAAAUAUCUCACAUUCAAAUGCUUCUAUUAAGUGAGGAAAUAUUGAAUAUUAAAAACUUAAAUGAAAAGUAUAGAAAAGAAAUUUUGUACCCUAUUAUACGAUAAAGAUGUAUAUUUGCACGAUCGUGCUCUUUCACAGCCGGACUCCACGGGUACACCUCGUUCAUUGUAGAUUUCCACCAAAUUAGUAUCUAUAAUGUUCAAAGAACAGUCUCGUAAACUAUGUAUGUAAUUAUAAAUAAUUUAUAAAAAAAAUGAAACUAUUUUAUUUGAUCAGUCUUUAAAAGAUUUUGAAUAAAUGUAAAUAUAUUUACCAAGUCAUUGCACUUAUUAGUUUGCACUUUUUUAUCCGAUCUACGUCCGUUUGGACCAAAUAGAUCAAUUGUAGAUAAUUUUGGUUCAAGUUUAUUAAUUUUAUCGAAAACAUGUUUCUUAGAUCUUGUAAAAUGUAGAAGGCUUACUUGAUUAUCGUUGUAGAUACAAAGUAUAUAAUUUUUAGUAAU